AUGGAUUAGGAAAUAAAGAAGCUUGAGUAACUCAAAUAAUAAGAAAUACUGUUGAUGCAAUAGAUUUAUGAAAAGAAAAUUAAUUACUUGAAUACAAAAAUAUAGUUAUUAGCAGAUGAAUCAAAAUAAAAAGAUAUUGAAUUGCAAAAUCUCAAAAAUUCAUAAUCAGAGAAUUAGACUGAAUAAGAAAUUGUAAUCCAAGAAACUCCUAGUUUAGAUUGGUAAAAACAAAAAUUGAAUGAUGAAAAAGAUAAAGAAUUAUAAAAGAUCAAGGCUCAAUACUAAACAGAUUUAUAAAAUAUUCAUCAGCAAAUGAGAAAUAGGGAUUUGAUGAUAGAAUAAAUGAAAUAAGAGAUUAAAAUGUUUGAACAAUUCUCAUAAUAGAACCUUGAUCAUUAAAAAGUACAAUUUCUAUCCUAAAUUAUUGAUGUUACCAAUGAAUUGCUAGUUUAAUUAUGA